CAGAGUAAAGUUCAGUUGUUUGGUUUCUGACUGGUUAGGUAUUUGUUAGGUCUGUCUGAGAAAGAGUUGAAAAAAGAGCUGACAGGCAUGACGUGUGGUAUGUUGUACUGCAUGGACCUGCACUUCUGAGGACACGAAAGCCCAUUUCUUCACAUAGAUAGAUUUCUUCACAGGUGAAGACAUAGGUUAGGCUAAUAACGUUACUAUUACUGUGAAUGAACGUAAUCGAGCACAGGGCAUUAUGCAGGAAUCAAUCGGAUCGAUUGUGAAUUUACUAGAAUCAUACAGAGGAAGAGACAAGGUGGUCCGAACGCUUUGCUAUGGCUCUCAGCUGGUCGGAGGCGUUCUCUCCCAGAAGACUGCAGGGUCGUCUGAAGUCGGGAAGAGUCUUAUGUUGUUUUCAGCACAGCUGAGCCACUGCAGAACUGUCCUGAGACUUUUCGAUGACCUCUCCAUGGUUGCCUACUCGAGGAAUUAUGGAUUAGGAAACAGGGAGGAUGACAGUAUAGUCCGAUGUGUGUCAGUGCUUACCAAUGUUGCGGAUCAGCUGUACUACCCAUGUGAACACAUUGCCUGGGCUGCAGAUGCAGAGUUGGUCAAGGUCAAGUCAGACAAAUGGUGGACUCUGAGUACAUUACUCUGGGCCUCAUCCUUGCUGCUGGGAGCUCUCAGAUCAAUUCGAGUCAUCUUUCUGCUUAGGAGAAAGCUGCGUAAAAGCCGAAGAACAGCACAGGAAAAUGUCAGUGAAAGACUGGCCAUGCAGAGAGAGUGUCAACAACAAAUCAAGAUGGAGUUCCUGGGUAUUCUCAGCUGUCUGGCAGAUCUUAGCAAUGCCAUUCACUGGAUGCCCCCUGGUAUUCUCUGGGCAGGACGCUUCCCCAAAUGGCUUGUGGGACUGAUGGGCACAGUCUCAUCUUUCAUUGGCUUGUAUCAGAUGGGCUCAAGUGAUAGUGAGCAUGAAGCGACCUCUUGAUCAUAUAAAUAACUUUCAC